CUGCUGCCGGCCCUUGCUCUUUAAAAGCGGGCGGUGCGCGGGGCAUCCCAGCAGAGUCGGAGAGGAGGCGAGCGUCAGGGCCCGGUGGCUGGAGCGCGGCUGUCACUGCGCCCGAGCAUCUCUGAGCUUCCCGAGCGGGCGAGCCGGCCGUGCCGAGCAUCCCCAGCCCCGCGUCCCUCGAAGCGCAGGUCGAGCCCCGCACGGGCGAGAGUCCGGGACUUAGCCCAAAGCACGUUUCCCCCGGCAGCGCAGGGAACGCCCGGCCGCGCGCCGGCGCACGCCCCCUUGUCCUCCUUUGUUCCGGGGGUCGGCGGUCGCUCUCCGCCCGGAGUCGGCAUCUCGGCCCCGGGAGGCGGGCAGUCAGGCUCAGCCGCGAAGAUGCCGUUGGAACUGACCCAGAGUCGGGUGCAGAAGAUCUGGGUGCCCGUGGACCACCGGCCCUCGUUGCCCAGAUCCUGUGGGCCAAAGCUGACCAACUCUCCCACGGUCAUCGUCAUGGUGGGCCUUCCUGCCCGGGGCAAGACCUACAUCUCCAAGAAGCUGACUCGCUACCUCAACUGGAUUGGCGUCCCCACAAAAGUGUUCAACGUCGGGGAGUACCGCCGGGAGGCCGUGAAGCACUACAGCAGCUACAGCUUCUUCCGCCCUGACAACGAGGAGGCCAUGCGAGUCCGGAAGCAGUGUGCCUUAGCUGCCUUGAGAGAUGUCAAAAGCUACCUGGCAAAAGAAGGGGGACAAAUCGCGGUUUUCGAUGCCACCAAUACUACCAGAGAGAGGAGACACAUGAUCCUUCAUUUUGCCAAAGAAAAUGACUUUAAGGCGUUUUUCAUCGAGUCCGUGUGCGACGACCCUACUGUUGUGGCCUCCAAUAUCAUGGAAGUGAAAAUCUCCAGCCCGGAUUACAAAGACUGCAACUCGGCAGAAGCCAUGGACGACUUCAUGAAGCGGAUCAGUUGCUACGAAGCCAGCUACCAGCCCCUUGACCCCGACAAAUGCGACAGGGACUUGUCGCUGAUCAAGGUGAUCGACGUGGGCCGGAGGUUCCUGGUGAACCGGGUGCAGGACCAUAUCCAGAGCCGCAUCGUGUACUACCUGAUGAAUAUCCACGUGCAGCCGCGCACCAUCUACCUGUGCCGGCACGGCGAGAACGAGCACAACCUCCAGGGCCGCAUCGGGGGCGACUCGGGCCUGUCCAGCCGCGGCAAGAAGUUUGCCAGCGCCCUGAGCAAGUUCGUGGAGGAGCAGAACCUAAAGGACCUGCGAGUGUGGACCAGCCAGCUCAAGAGCACCAUCCAGACGGCUGAGGCGCUGCGGCUGCCCUAUGAGCAGUGGAAGGCGCUCAAUGAGAUUGACGCAGGUGUCUGUGAGGAGCUGACCUACGAAGAGAUCAGAGACACCUACCCCGAGGAGUACGCGCUGCGGGAGCAGGACAAGUACUACUACCGCUACCCCACCGGGGAGUCCUACCAGGACCUGGUCCAGCGCCUGGAGCCAGUGAUCAUGGAGCUGGAGCGACAGGAGAACGUGCUGGUCAUCUGCCACCAGGCCGUCCUGCGCUGCCUGCUGGCCUACUUCCUGGAUAAGAGCGCAGAGGAGAUGCCCUACCUGAAAUGCCCCCUUCAUACCGUCCUGAAACUGACUCCUGUCGCUUAUGGCUGCCGUGUGGAAUCCAUCUACCUGAAUGUGGAGUCCGUCAGCACCCACAGGGAGAGGUCAGAGGAUGCAAAGAAGGGACCUAACCCGCUCAUGAGACGCAAUAGUGUCACCCCGCUAGCCAGCCCCGAGCCCACCAAAAAGCCUCGCAUCAACAGCUUUGAGGAGCACGUGGCCUCCACCUCGGCCGCCCUGCCCAGCUGCCUGCCCCCGGAGGUGCCCACACAGCUGCCUGGACAACCUUUGCUAGGGCAAGCCUGUCUACGAACUGUCUGUCACAUUUUCUCAAAGUUUUCUCCUUACUAAGCGUGGAAGAACGUGAAAGGCUCCCGGAGCAGCGCAGACUCCUCCAGGAAACACUGAAGCAGACGUGUUGGUUCCAUUCCAUUUCCAUUUCUGCAGCUUAGCUUGUGCCCUGCCCUCCGCCCGAGGCAAAAUGCAUCCCGAGGACUUCUUCCGGAGAGGGUGGGGUGGAACAGAGGGGAGCCUUGGCUGAAGAGAACCGUGCAUGGCACCCUCUGUGUCACCUCGGCCACUGGACACCAGAAAGCCACGCAGGUCCCUGGUGCUUUGCAUUGAGCCGUGGGGCCCCCACCUCUGCUCUCUGGGUUUCCUAGAAGUGUCCAGCUUCAGAGACCUUCAGAGGCCUGGGGCGGGUGAUGAACGUUGGGGUCCUGACAAGAGGCCGCUGGGGACACUGUGUCAUCUUGUUUUAUUUUGUUUCUACGAUCUCCUGGCGCGUUCAGAGCUGGGAAGACCGCAUUGGUGGCAGAAUCCUAAAAUGAAAGGAGGCAAGCUCGUAGUUGCUGAAGGUCAGGAGAUGUUUAAAAUCUUCCACGUGGCUGUUUGGUGCAUCUUGUCCUGGAAGACGCCUCAUGGGAACGGACUUGGACAGGUGUUGGGUUGGGGCCUCAUCUCCAGGAAGUCCCUGAGCUGAGACGCAAGUUGACUGUGGUCCACACCCUGGUCUCCCGCAGAUCCGCACACUUCCAGCCUGCGUUCUCCCUCCGAAGAUGUCCAAGGGCAGGCUGGCCGCAGGGGGAGAAGGAAGUGUUUUGCUGAAAUAUGAGAACUGGGCCUCCCGCUCCCAGGGAGCUGCAGGGACCCUCUCUCCUCUUACCUGGACUUGGAGGGAACAGAGAAGCACUCUCCUGGAGCUGCCGGCUUUUGCACUUUUUUGAUGGCAGAAGUGUGACCUGAGAGUCACACCUUCUUUUCAGGAACAUAGGUGUUGGGGUGUUUAGCCCUGUGGGGAGCUUGGAGCCUCUGAAGGUGGGGAGCCAGAUGACACAGAGUGGAACACCUGGCAUCCUUCCCCAGGGCUUGCAUGACUGUCCCUGCUUCCCAGGUGGGGACAGUGGCCCAAGCAAGGCCUCAGUCCUGGUCACUUGCUUCAAGAGCUGCCUGCAUGCUGUCUCGGAGUGUCUGCUGUGUGCCUGGCGCUGUGCUGGGGCCUUAGGGAAGUCGGAAGAGUGGACUUUGUCCUGGUUGUGCCUUCACGGCAUCUGUGACAUUUGUGUGGUGAUGGAAAGCAUGGGGCUUGUCGUCUCAGCCUGUCGGUUUCUCCGCAGUGCCUCAAACCCUGGGGUAGGAGGCAGGGGGUGUCUUGUGCCCAGAUGAAACCAUUUGGAAACUCGGCAGCAGAGUUUGUCCAAAUGACCCUUUUCAGACAUCUCAAAGCUGGUGCCAAAGGUCACUUUUCCUUGCUGCCUUCUGCCAUGGGCCCUGAGAUCCUCCUCCCAGCUCAAGGGCCAGGUUCUGGGUAAGGGUGGGGGAUUUAGACCCCCGAGACUAGGUGUGGAGAGAGGAGCCAUUGCUGUUUGUUUUUCAAGAAGCGCUUUUAAAGAAUGCAUGUUUUUUCUGGUUGGAACUGAGCAGGAACUGAGGCUGUGCUUCAGAUAUCAUACAAUCAAGUGGGGGAUUUUCACGCCAAACGAUUCAAGUCCCCCUCGCCCAUCACACUCUGUUUGGCUGGCUUCUGCUGAAGAAGAUGUCUCUGUCUGCAUUCCCGUGCAACUCUAGACUCACAGUUUUCUCUCUCCCUGGAUGUUGAGUCUCAUGAGACUGUGUAGGUGGGGGUGGGCAUGCGUGGGUGUAUGAACGUGCGUAACUCAGUUGUAUUUUUUGAUUUGACAUGAAGGGCCUGUUGCUUUGCUCUUGAGAGUGGUUUCUCAUGUUCCCCUCGCUGGCCUCAUUCUUUGAACAUCGACUCUGAAGUUUGAUACAGAUAAGGGCUUGAUAAAGCUGUGUUCCCAUCUCCCCUCUGACUACCUAAAAUCAAUACCUACAUACGGAAGCUUUGGCCUAACACAGGACUUUAGUUUGGGAAGGGCUUAGAUAGGGAGAGGGGGAACAUGAAUCUGUACAGGGACGGGAGAUACUGCAGAAAGCAGAACAAGCCAGUGACCUGCCUUUGGAGGGGACAUUGGGUGAGGGGUGGGUGUGACCUACAGUCAUGGACUGUUGGCAUCUACUGAUUCUUACCAACUCCCCACCACACAAAGAAAAUCACUGGGACCAACACUUUUAACUUGGCAUGUUUGUUUUUGGUGAGUUUCCCCCUCUCCUUAUUCUGUCCUGAGACCACGGGCAAAGCUCUUCAUUUUGGGAGCACAGAAGAACUGUUUGGAACCACACCAAUGAUAUUUUCGUUUGUAAUACUUGAAAUUUAUUUUUUUAUUAUUUUGAUAGCAGAUGUGCUAUUUAUUUAUUUAAUAUCUAUAAGGGAGCUUGAAAACUAGAAAGCUGUAUAGAUUGGGUUCAGUUAGUUGGUUUGGGAGCCUCCUAUGUGUGACUUAAGACUUCUCUGUGCUCUGUGUGUUUGUCGGAAUUAAUGAUCUGGGAUGUAAAGCUGUGCUAGCUUUCAAACAGGAGAUGCCUUUCAGAAAUUUGUAUAUUUUGCAGUUGCCAGACCAAUAAAAUACCUGGUUGAAAUACA